AUGGCUCCUAUUAGCAUCAAAAUAUACCAAAACUGCUCGUGGUUUAAUUGGCAAGUGGCUCGUGUGCGACUGCAGCUGCAUUCCCAGUGUAGGCGUAACCCCAACAUUAAAACACAAAUCUGUCUGCUUUCUAAAUACUUUUUCUUCUUUGCGACACUUUAUUUUGUUUACCAACAAGACUGCAUCCAAGCACUGGCUUACACAAUGGACAAAGACACUGUGUUGACUCACAUCCUGAAGUCAAAGGGCACUUCGACACUUCUUGGUGGAGAGGCACCAGUCACUGUGAUAAACAACAAUGAGUACAUAUCCCCGCUGACUUGUAAACCUCAGGUGACAGACAGAAAUGUGGAAGACAACCUGCCCUCCCUUGAUCAUGCCAUCCACGCCGCCCUGUCUGGUGAAAUAAAAAACGUCAUACUGGUUGGUCCUGAAGGAUCAGGUAAAACCACCGCUUUAGAGAAGCUUGUUGUGGACUGGGCAAAAGGAGAACGCCUUCAGAACUUUUCUUAUGUUUUCCAUUUCCGGUUCAGGGAGUUAAGUUCCCUCAAUGGGACGCUCUCCUUAGAGACAUUAUUGCUUCACCAUAAUGGCCAUAUCCCUCCUGAGUCCGUGCCCCUGGUUCUGCAGAAGCCUGAGGGUGUGCUGUUUGUUUUUGACGAUCUGGAUCAGUGCAAACAGAGCCUGGACCCCUCCGUCCACACCCUCUGCUCUGACCCCAGCCGGGCGGCCUCGCUGCCUUGUCUUGUGGCGAGCUUGCUUCAUGGGUCAUUGCUGAAAGGAGCUGCCUUUGUGGUGGCAACCAGGUCGACAGGAUGUGUGACAUUUCUGAGUGGCACCCAGGUGCAAGUGUUGGGGUUUCUGAAGCCACAAAGAGAGGCCUACAUUAACAGGUUCUUUGCUGAUCCAGCUGCUGCCAACAAAGCACUAGUGCACAUGGAAAGGACUCUAGGCUUUUAUGAUAUCUGUACCUCCCCAAGAUUCUGUUGGACAGUUUGUUCUAUGUACAAGUCUCUGAUGGAUGCUGGAGAAAAACUUCCUGAGACGCUAUCUCAGCUGUAUGUAGAUAUCCUGGUCCACCUGGUUCAGAUGCUCUCGCAGAACAAGACCCGCAACGCAGAACUAGUGUCGUCCCUCGGCAAGAUGGCGUCUCACUGCUCCCUUGACCAGCGCUCCAGCUGUACCAAAGAGGAAAUGCAUUCCUUUGGCUUUCAACAGUUUCCUACCACAGUUGGAGUUUUCUUGCAAGUAGAUGGUGACCAGUCAGAUAGAUGUGUCUUCUCCUUCUACUCCCAAUUGAUGCAGGAGUUCCUCUUGGCCGUCUCUUUCUUUAUGGACAACUCGAUGUCCGAGGGUGUGGAGAAGAUGUUGGAAAAGCACAAAGGCCAUGCAAAGUUUCUAGAUGUCUUCUUGUCAGCCCUCUCAGAGCCGAGUCAGCGCAGACCACUGGAGAGCCUGCUAGGGGAGUUGAACUCUGAACGGAUUGUGGAUUUCAAAUGCUGGUUUAAAGGCAGCUCAGAGAUUACACUGAAGGGAUGCUACAAAGAUAAGCACCACCGCUGCUUCCAUAUGCUUCAUCAAGCUCAGAAUGAGAGUUUGGUGAAGGAAGUCAUCACCCCCUCAGCACGGAUAGGUAUCAGCUAUGGAGACCUGAGCGUCCAGGACUGUGUAGCUCUGAGUUAUGUUGUCACGUGCCUCGGUGAGAUGGAGCAGUUGAAUCUGUACCAUACGAGGAAUUUGACAGAGGAGGAAGCAGAGAGGCUGGCUCCAGCUAUGAGCUUGUCACAUAAGAUUAUCUUGUCAGGCAGCUCCUUGAGUGCUGGGGCUGUCCCUCAUCUGGCUUCAGCACUCAGCAGAGGACUCACCAAGGAGCUGGACCUCUCUCAAACCCGCCUCGGAGAUGAAAAGUUUAAAAUUCUCUGCGCUGGACUCAGGGACUGCAAGUUGCAGACAUUAAAACUUGUAGUAUGCAGUCUGACAGAAGCAAGCUGUGAAGAUCUGGUGUCUGUUCUGACCUCAGGAACCUCUCAGCUGUGUGUGUUAGACAUGGUGUUUAAUCAGAUCGAGGACCAGGGCUUCAUGAAACUGUGCAAAGCACUGCAUAGUCCACACUGCAAACUACAGGAGCUCCAGCUACAGAGCUGCGGGUUGACUGCAGCGUCAAUGGAGGCUUUAUCAGCAGCUUUGUGUUCUGGCCAAUCAGAGUUGAGAAAAGUGAACUUGACACAAAACGAGAUUGGUCUCAGUGGGGUGGAGGCUUUGUGUAAAUCCCUGCAACACCCACUUUGUAAACUGCAGAGCCUCAAUUUCUUUGAUAGCGAGCUGACAGGUGAGUGCUGUCCCGUGUUGAUGGCAGCCUUGCAGUCAGAGCACUGUUCUCUGUCAGAGCUGGAUCUGUCAGUGAAUGAUUUAGGCCAGGAGGGGGCGCUGCUGCUCUGCCAAGCCCUCAGUCGACCUGGCUGUCGAAUUGAAAAACUUGGCUUGAAACGGUGCGAGUUAACCCAGUCAGUCUUCAAGGAACUGGGCUCAGUGCUGAGAAGUGGGACUUCUCAACUUAAGUCACUGACUGUAGGUAUAAAUCAAGUCGGAGACCAAGGGGUUAAACAUCUCUGGGAUGCCAUUGUACAUCCAAACUGUCUGUUGGAGGAACUGGAUGUUGAAAUGACUAAUUUGACGGAUGCCUGUGUUGGGGACUUGUGUGCUGCUAUAAGAGCCAGCAAGACUCUAAAGAGUCUGGAACUGAGAAACAAUUCACUGACCGAUGCUUCCGUCCCAGCCCUCGUCCAAGUCAUGCAGGACAGCCAAAACAUGCUGGAGAUGAACCUGAAGUACAACGACUUCAGUGAAGAGGUCUUUGACUUGUUGGACGAGUGUGAUAAAAUAAGAUACUGAAGACGGAUCGAUCCAUCACUCUGACUGCUGGAGGAUCACCUACAGUACUGUAUUAAGUGCAUAGUGCAUCAAUCAUUUGUCAACAACUGAAAACUAACUAGUAAAAUAACUGUUUUGAUAAAAAAAAA